CUGCGAUAGACGAUUUUUUAUCGGCGGUUGUUUGAUUUUUACAAAAAAUAUAAUCGAUUUGCCUCAUUUGUCCGCGAAAAGGAAAACCUGCUAAAAGAAACUAGUCCGGCAUAGUGGAAACUGAGACUCAUCUUAAUGCACUGGCGUUUGUGAUGGAAGAUUGAAAUGCUGGUACUUUAAUUCACUAAAAGGAGUUUUAGUGCGUUUUACACGUUGGGGAUUUAAGAACUCGCGAAAUGCUCGGUAGAAGUUAAUAAAAAAUAUGGUGCGCAGUCGCACCCCCUCUCAGGGAGGUGGCUCGCAGGGAUUCGAGAUGGAACGAAAAUAUUCGGUGCCGUCCAAUCCGGAAUCCAGAGCUUUUUCUGGAGGAACUGCCAGUGAGGACCUUCACGCCUGGUCAAUCUACAGACAAAACCUUAAUUCCGAUUUUACGGACAGCGCCCUCGGAUCAACGGACAAAAGUCCUCUUCCUUAUGGCAACUUCCAAUUGCGUGACACAACUGUCCAGUCGAUCCUUUCACAUCCUCGUUACGGGCCCAAGUCAGCGCUCGGUUCGAAUAUGUAUACUUACCUAAAGUUUGGGCUUCCGAGAGUUUUUCCGCCGAACCACAACGGAUCUCAUCGCUCGGGUACGCCGCAGCAUUUUAGAAGGAAUUCAUCGACCCGACCUCAUAACAGGAGCCUUAAACCAGGAAGCCGCGGCCCAAGAGACGGCAGUUCCGGAUACGAUAGUUCCGACAACGAGACCAGUAACUACAAACAGAACAGGAAAUAUCGUUCCGAUCCCGAUUUUAGGAUGCAGAACAUGUAUCAAGGGGGAAAUCGUGGAAGUCCGGGAAUUCCGGUCGCUGUAAUACAUCAGGGAGGCGCGAGACAUUCCACUAAUCAAUGGAACAGAAAUAAGAGCAUAUCAGAGGCUAAUUUAUUGGCGACAGAUUACAAUAGAUCGUAUCACACGAUCGAGUACCACCAUCCGAGAGAUCCUAGGCGAAAUAGCGUCGCCGAUUUUAUGAAUCAUCAUCAUGAUGUCGUCGAUCACUCUAUGAUGGGACACAUGACUAGACCGAUCUCGAAAGCUGAAAGUCGUUUUUCCGUAUCACCUUCCAGAAGAGGUCAGUCUUCUGUAUUGAGAGCGGAUUAUAUGAAUCGAGACGAUGAAUCUGGAGCAGGGUUUAUGUAUCCCCACCUUCAAGUAUGCGGAAUAGGCGUCUUCCCUAAUUCUAACACAAUCUGCGGGUCCCGUAAACACCUUCUUCUGAACGAAAUUGCCUUUGAAAUACGAGGGGGCGAAACGAUGGCGAUCAUGACGACAUCUGAAGAGGAGGGCACGGCCCUAUUAGAUGUACUAGCCGGUCUCAGAUCGCCUGUAUUAGGAAGCGUCGUUUUAAACGGGAAAACAGUCAGAGCUCACGAUUUACAUCCUCGUGUAGCUUACGUGCAAAGUGACCUAAAUUUGUGUAAAGAUAUGACGGUUGUACAGACGCUCAGGUUUCACUACGAUCUUAAGCGACCGACCGAUAAAUUAGGGUAUUUGAAAAUAGAAGCCAUGGAUAGGAUAAAUGUAUUAAUAGAAGAUCUCGGUUUAGAACAAGUGAGGGACACCAAAGUAUCAUCGAUGACGAUAUCAGAGAGAAGAAGACUGAACGUUGCCUGUCACCUCAUUUUAGAUACCGAUAUAGUGGUGUUAGAUCAACCAACAAAGGGCAUGGAUAUAUUCGAUACGUUCUUCCUCGUGGAAUACUUGAAACAGUGGGCGAACGGAGGAGCUGGAAGCACUUUAGGGAGGAUUGUCAUAAUGACCAUCCAUCCGCCGACGUACGAGAUUUUCACAAUGUUAUCCAGAAUUUUGCUGGUGUCGGCUGGUAGGACGAUGUUCAGCGGAAAGAGAAGGGACAUGUUGCCAUAUUUUGCUUUAGUCGAAUAUCCGUGUCCGUCGUUUAAGAAUCCUUCCGAUUAUUAUCUCGAUCUCGUCACGUUAGACGAUCUCUCGGCCGAAGCCAUGCUGGAAUCGUCCCAGCGAAUAGAGCAACUGGCCGAAAUAUUCCGGCAGAAACAAGAGCCUUUAUCCGAUCCUGGCCCACCUUCGGCUCUUCCGAUGACCGUGAAAACUUCGAAUUGCUUCGUAGCAGCUUUCGUUUUACUUACGAAGUCGAUAAUUUAUACCCAAUCGGUCACAUUCCUCAAUUGGUUAACGGUAAUUAUACUCUCCGCGAGCUUAUCACUGAUCCUCGGCGCGAUAUUUUGGGACAUUCCAUCCAGCGAUUCCCAAUUGAUUUUAAAUGACCGAUAUGGAUACCACUACAGCGUUAUGUGCGUGGUACACUGGCCAUUGUUGUUGAAUUUGACCAUUGCGGAAGUAAGGAGAAACCGGAGAUGCGUCGAAAGGGAUAUUAAUGAUGGAUUGUAUGGAAGAUUAACGUACAUAUUUACUAAGUCGUUGAUAAGCUUAUUACCGUCUCUAUUCGUUUGGUUAGUUUACGUGGUGCCCAGUUACUCGAUGAGUGGAUUAUACAUGCAGAGCUUAACAAAUUAUGAUGGAUUUUACACCUAUAUAGGUGUAAUGUUGCUGUACUUGAGCUGCAUUCAAAUAUUUCUCUUAGCCUUCAUUUACCUAGUUCCUUUGCCGGAUUCAGUUACGGUCUUUUCAUCGAUGAUAUUGUCGGCAUUUUUCAUAUCCUCUGGCUAUGUACUGCACCUUAGGGACUUACCGGAUUAUCUCCGUUGGAUCCAGAAGCUUAGCCCAACCGGCUGGGUCAUGCCUUAUUUAUUGAACAGAGAACUGUCUCCGGAGGCGAUACAGAGUUUACAAAACACAAUGUCAACAUUAUGCCGAAAUAAACAGAUUCAACAUCAAGAUAUUAUUGUGCAAUUACCGUGCCCGGCCCCGAACGGAACGAAUAAUCUGGAACAUUUUGGGUACCUUAAGGGCGACAAUUUAACAUUUGAUUACGGCGAUUCCACUUCAGCCAUGGCGGUUUUCUACGCGAUUUGUUUCAUCGUCACCUGUUGGGCAUUCGCGAUGAAUUGCUACAGAUACGGAAGGAACUUCAAGAGAAAGGUGAAUAACGACGCGAAUCAACCCUGAGAAAUGUACUGUAAAUCUAGAAUUUUUUUAUAAGUGCCUUCAUUGUAUGCAUCUAUUUGAUAUUAAAUCGUUUUGUAAUAAAG